GCUGCCCAAUCGGAGGGCGGCGGACGGCGCGUGCGCGCGAAGGCGGUGCUCGAGCUGGGGUGGGGGACAGGCGCGCUCCCGGUGCAGGAUUUAUAAAGGCGAGGCCGGGACCGGUGCGCGCUCUCGUCGCCUUGGCUGUCCCGGCGGCGCCGACCGAAGCGCCCCGCCCGCUGCAGGCUUCCGACAUGCUUAGCCGCGCUCUGCUGUUCCUGGCCCUGGCCGUGGCGGCCCGGGUGGGUGCCGACGUCCCCGAGGAGGAGGACAAUGUCCUGGUGUUGAAGAAGAGCAACUUCGCGGAGGCGCUGGCGGCGCACAAGUACCUGCUGGUGGAGUUCUAUGCCCCUUGGUGUGGCCACUGCAAAGCUCUGGCUCCUGAAUAUGCCAAAGCAGCUGGGAAGUUGAAGGCAGAAGGUUCAGAGAUUCGACUGGCAAAGGUGGAUGCUACUGAAGAGUCUGACCUGGCCCAGCAGUAUGGCGUCCGUGGCUAUCCUACAAUCAAGUUCUUCAAGAAUGGAGACACGGCCUCCCCCAAGGAGUACACAGCUGGCAGAGAAGCUGACGACAUUGUGAACUGGCUGAAGAAGCGCACAGGCCCCGCUGCCACCACCCUGUCUGAUGCUGCAGCUGCUGAGUCCUUGGUGGAGUCCAACGAGGUGGCUGUCAUUGGCUUCUUUAAGGACGUGGAGUCAGACUUUGCCAAGCAGUUCUUGCUGGCAGCAGAGGCCAUUGAUGACAUACCGUUUGGGAUCACAUCCAACAGUGAUGUGUUCUCCAAAUACCAGCUCAACAAAGAUGGGGUAGUCCUCUUGAAGAAGUUUGAUGAAGGCCGGAACAACUUUGAGGGAGAGGUCACAAAAGAGAAGCUGUUGGACUUCAUCAAGCACAACCAGCUGCCUCUUGUCAUCGAGUUCACAGAGCAGACGGCCCCGAAGAUCUUUGGAGGUGAAAUCAAGACGCACAUCCUGCUCUUCCUGCCCAAGAGUGUUUCUGACUACGAUGGCAAACUGAGCAACUUCAAGAAAGCAGCCGAGGGCUUCAAGGGCAAGAUCCUGUUUAUCUUCAUCGACAGUGAUCAUGCUGACAACCAGCGCAUCCUUGAGUUCUUCGGUCUGAAGAAGGAGGAGUGCCCAGCUGUGCGGCUCAUUACCCUGGAGGAAGAGAUGACCAAGUACAAGCCAGAGUCAGAUGAACUUACGGCAGAGAAAAUCACAGAGUUUUGCCACCGCUUCCUGGAUGGCAAGAUCAAGCCCCACCUGAUGAGCCAGGAACUGCCUGAAGACUGGGACAAGCAGCCUGUCAAAGUGCUGGUUGGGAAAAACUUUGAAGAGGUUGCUUUUGAUGAGAAAAAGAAUGUCUUUGUGGAAUUCUAUGCCCCAUGGUGUGGUCACUGCAAGCAGCUGGCCCCCAUUUGGGAUAAACUGGGAGAAACAUACAAGGAUCAUGAGAAUAUCGUCAUUGCCAAGAUGGACUCAACAGCCAACGAGGUGGAGGCGGUCAAAGUGCACAGCUUUCCCACACUAAAGUUCUUCCCUGCAAGUGCAGACAGAACGGUCAUCGAUUACAACGGGGAGCGGACGCUAGACGGUUUUAAGAAGUUCUUGGAGAGUGGUGGCCAGGAUGGGGCAGGGGAUGACGAUGACCUAGACCUAGAAGAAGCCUUAGAGCCAGACAUGGAGGAAGAUGACGAUCAGAAAGCUGUGAAAGACGAACUGUAAUGGGGAAACCAGACCUGGGCACCCAACUCGACACCUCGGUGGGCUGCGCUCCCAGCUGCCCAUACCUCCGGAGCCCGAUCCUCACCCGAGGAGGGCACGUCAUCGGAACCCAGGGAAUCUUUCUGAAGCCACACUCAUUCUAAUGUGUUUGCUUACACUCGUCUCCUUUUGCUUUUCAGUUUUGGAAAGGGAUCCUCUCUAGGCCAGCCCGACCUGUGGGCUACUUUUUUUUUUUUUUUUUUUUAAAUGGUGACGUACUUUUUGUACAUGGGUUUUGUCCCGAGUGCUCGCUAAAAUGUUGGGAUCUCACAUUGGUAAAGUCUUUCCUGUAGAGGGGUUUAUACUAUCGCUUAAAAAAUUCCAUCUGUGGGACUUGUAUAGACAUUUUUCGACAUCAGGGUAUUUGUUCCACCAUGGCCGGGUCUCCCUGGGAGACUCCCGUCCCUGGUGUUAGGAGGGACGAACCCAGGCUGGACUCACUCAUGCUGCACCUCCACCUGUGCCAGUGUUGCCAGCCUGGCUUUUGCAGUUUUUGAUUAAACAAUCUCUGGAUUGUAUCAGGGUGGGCCUACCAUGUUUGGAGGAGGGGACAGUAGUUGCAGGCUACUGGGCCCAGGACAGGCCUCUACUGCUCCCCCUAGCUCUCCCCAAGCCAGGACUACCCUGCCUGCCUGCUGUGGGCACAUCGCUCCGUAACCACUGGAUUCUUAUCCAGUGUGGUCUGUGGGAGGCAGAACCAGGACCCUUGAUUCCCAGGCUGGAAGAUGGCCAAGGAUAUUGGGUCUGAAUCAAAUGUUAACCAUUCUUCAGGCAUUUCUACAAUAUUGGAAUUGAACACAUUGGCCAAAUAAAGUUGAAAUUUUACUAUC